AUGGACUUCCUGCUCUCAAACCUCCACCUCCACUCUCCCACUCAGGUUGCUCACUGGCCCGGACAGCCGGUGGAUUCACAGCCUGACACACCGGCCCCGUCAUCUACACGGAAACUACGUUCGCGCCACCGGCGCUCCUCACCGCAGCUGAAUUCCCGGACAUCUCAACAGCCGGCUGUGGUGAAUAAUAAGGACAAUUUUUUUUUUCCCACACCAUCUGUUUUUGUGUUUGCAGUGGACGGUGGCACCACUGACGCUGCUGUAAGCCAGCCGUUAGCGCAGGUAACAUCACCUCAGUCAGGAGCCUCCCACCUCUCGCUGCUUCACCAUCUGCAGCGGCUGUGCCACCAUCGUCUCGUCUGCAGCCACCACUCUGCCAUCUUCUCCGCCACCUGCUGCUACGGCGCGCCCAGCUCGGCCGCCACGUCCGCGCCCAGCGCGUCCACGGCCAGCACGUUAUGGAUCAUGUGCCACUGGACCCGUGGCAGGCCGCCGGAGAUGCAGCACCAGCGCCACUGGACCCGUGGCAGGCCGCCGGAACUGUUUCGCCGCUGCUGCCGGACCCAUGGCCACCCACCCUCAGCGCACUGUGGUGUUCACGUUUUUCUGCUACACCAGGCCUGGAGAGUUUCCCGCCUUGGAGCCAGCCACACCUGGAGUCAUCACACUCACCUGUUGCUGAUCAGCCUCACCAAACUGGAGGAGCCAGGGAUCGAACCACUAACUUUCCGAUCAAUUGGUGACCUGCUCUACCUCCUGAGCUACAGCCACCCAGCGGAACAUUUAUCCAAAAGGUCAGUUGGGGUUACUCCUAUGCCUAUCCUCUACAAAAUAAAUUUCACAAAGCUUCCUCAGUGGGAUUUUGAUGAUGUUUAUAACCAGGAUGCACCACCUAGACCGACAGCAUGUGCCCAGUCUCUGCGAAACUCUAACGAUGAAAACUUUAAGAAGGCUUUUCUUCCAAACAUACGUUUGUUUCUGCACAAGGACAACAUCAACAUGAGCGAGUGGAAUCGGCUUUCACAUUUUAAUAAUCCUUUUGGUUUUAUGGAGUUCAGGUACAACGAUGUGAUGAAGUCAGUAAAGUUGAUUCCAAAGCCAAAAGAGCCGUUGCUCCUCCCAAAAUCCGGUGGUGAUGGUUGUGUGCACUGUGCAGUGGUUGGUACUGCAGGAAUCUUGAACAACUCCAGAAUGGGUGUAGAGAUUGAUGCGCAUGAUUAUGUUUUUCGGAUGAAUGGUGCCAUCACCAAGGGCUUUGAAGAAGAUGUAGGAAACAAAACAUCGGUGUAUGUCCACACAGCCCACUCCAUCACUUCAUCUCUUUACAUCCUUAAAAAACACGGAUACAAAGCUGCUCCUCAUGAUGAGGGUAUAAAAUAUGUGAUGAUUCCUGAGGGGAUGAGGGAUUACCAAUGGCUUGAGGGCCUUCUCAAAGGAGAAAAGGUCUCUGCUGGUCCAUACCGGAACAGACUGCCAAGGACCUACUAUUCAGGGCAGUACAAUGAGAGCCGCUUCUACGUUCUGCAUCAGGAUUUCCUCCGAUAUGUGCGGAACAGGUUCUUAAAGUCACCCAAUCUGAAUAAGAGAUACUGGGCGAUGGUCAGACCAACCAACGGAGCAUUCGCUCUCUUCCUGGCUCUGCACACCUGUGACACAGUGGAUGCAUACGGAUUCAUGAGUGAAGAAUUCAAGAAAUACUCCAACUACUAUUAUGACAAGUAUGUUAAAACCAGGGUCAUUUUCUAUUCCAACCACAACUACAUUCUAGAGAAGAACGCAUGGAAAAACCUUCAUAACAGCAAAAUAUUAAAUCUUUAUCAAGGAGAGAAGUAA